CACCUCAAUGUUUCAUGCAGGACUUGCCGUCUGCCUUUUGGCUCUUUUUGAUCCUUCACUUGCCUGUGUUUGGCUUGAGUGCUUUUAGUUUACACUAGAAUCUCCAUUAGUGUCAGGGAUGCAGUUUAUUGCCAGGUUGGUGUGUGAGACAGCUAAACACAGCUCAGUGAUUAAAGUACAGGUUGGAGCCACCUGUCCCAUAUGCCUGUAUUGUGUACUACAUAAUAUUACUGCAUUAGUGAGAACCCGUUUGCUGCUGUGUGAUCAGUUUUACCAGAAAACAAAGUUAGUGUGGUUAUCCAGGCAGCUCUCCCAGGACCUCGUCCUGAUUGGUUAGGAGAUGAUGGGGAGGGAGAGGCCAUCAGUCAGUCGGGAGCUCAGGCGUUUCCAGUCGAACUGUGUCCAUAGGGAGAGCAGACCUUCUUCACAGCCAAAGACAUAAACCAUGCUAAGAUGAAGGCAGGUCUGGGAUCAGCUUGAUUUAAAUGACUUCUGGAAUAUUUUGAAUGUUUAGGAAUAACAAGGGACACACUUAAUCUGGGACAUCGGCUUUGAUGAGAAUUCCAGGGCUCACUAAUCAUCCAAGAAUCCUACUCAAGGAGUUCCAUGGAAGAAGGACAGGCUGGACAGCACCCCACCUUCAGGGCUUCUAGUAGCUAAAGCAGAAACCAGCAGGGAGGUUUGAGGGAGGUAUGAAGCACCAGAUCCAUCGGGUCUCAAUGUGAACGCACAGCAUCAUGUUGCCAGCCUGGCUGAAGAGGACCAAACUCCCUCUCAUACUCCUCUUCACUGUCCUCAACUACCAGGCUUCGGGCUCGUUGCUUGAAAGUCUCAUUUCCAAGCGGACUGAGUACUGGGAGAACUGCAACAGAACACUGACCGCCACGGCAUUUCCACAAAAUGAAAAUUACUGCAGAGGAACUUUUGACAUGUUUGUGUGCUGGCCUCAUUCCUCUCCUGGGAAUGUGACUGUCCCCUGUCCUUCCUUCUUACCAUGGAUCACUGAGGGUGGUAGCAGGAGGGCAUACCGUCAGUGUUUAGACAAUGGGAGCUGGCGACAGCUGGAGAACUCCUCUGAUGCAUGGCGGGAUGAUUCUGAGUGUGUGGAAGACCACUUCUUUAAAGAAAAGGAGGAAGAAUUGCUUCGUCACACCGCCCUCAGGCUCAUAUCUGUCAUUGGUUAUUCUCUGUCCCUGUUCUCUCUCACCCUGGCCACUCUCCUCAUUGGCAUGCUGAGGAAGCUCCACUGCACCAGAAACUACAUCCACAUGAAUCUGUUUGUGUCAUUUAUACUGAGAGCUGCAGCCGUCAUAUCUAAAGAAAUCAUCUUGUACAUCAUGUACACCAACCUACCCAAGGACGACCCUGGAUGGAAUUCCUAUUCAACGUCUGCGAUUGCAUUGAUGUGCAAAUUUUCCAAAGUGUGUAUGGAAUACUUUGUGGCUUGCAAUUACUUCUGGCUGUUGGUGGAGGCUGUUUUCCUUCACACGCUGCUCUUCACUGCUGUGCUGACCAAAAGGUGCCUGCUAAAGAAAUACAUGCUCCUCGGUUGGGGAACUCCUGUCUUUUUUGUGGCACCAUGGACGGUGGUCAAGAUGACUUAUGAAAACACAGGAUGCUGGUCAAUCAUGAACAGAUGGUUUUGGUGGAUAAUAAGAGGCCCGAUCACUUUAUCAGUGCUGGUAAUUUUCUUCAUAUUCAUCAAGAUAUUGAUGCUGCUGUUGUCCAAGCUGAAAGCGGACCAGGUGAAGUUUACUGACUACAGAUACAGUUUAGCUAGAGCAACGCUGGUGCUGAUUCCCCUGCUGGGAAUUCAUGAGGUGGUGUUCACGGUGCUGAUUGAGGAAUGCGUAGAAGGCAACAGUCGCUACGCUCGGAACUUUAUCAACCUUACCCUCAGUUCCUUCCAGGGAUUCCUGGUUGCCGUGCUGUACUGUUUUGCUAACGGAGAGGUCCAAGCUGAACUAAAAAAGCACUGGCAACUUUUUUUGUUCACCAACCACUUCAAGGGCCAAGGCUGUUUUCGGGGAGUUCAUGUCAAGAACCUGUGGAAACAGUCUUGUGGACAACAUGCAAGGGAAUCUCGGCAACGUGACUCUUACAACUCUGGUGGCACUUUGACAUCGCACCCUGGUCUUCUUCAAGUGGCGGUGCACGGGGAAGAUAGGGUGAUUGGGGAAAUGAAAGGACAGGGGCUGAAGGGAUGCAAUGCGGCAGGGCUUGAAUUUCUCACCAGGAAGAGUCUUUCUAGCAGCGAUGGUGAGAUGACGCUUGGAGAGACAAUGGAGGAGAUUCUAGAAGAGAGCCAGUUCUGAUUGCAACUGGUCUUUUUCAACCAUGAGUGGAAUUACAUCAGACCCAGUUUGGGGAUCAAAGGUUUUUCUUGUUGUUUAUCCUUGGAAGAAUGGAUUUCCAUCUCGAAAAACUUCACCAAUCCUUGGUUUUGUGAAACUCAAGAAGUCAUAAAAGCCGCAGGUUAAUGUUUUGUCCAAGGUUGAUUUGUAAAUUUAAUCUAAGAAAUUACAUCAGAAUUUAGUUGUUUAUGACUGCCUCCUCUAAAGGUAUCGAGUUUUGAUCUGCGAGCUGAAGUUGAGCAGAAGUGGAGGCAAAUAGUGUUUUUUGCUUCCUUAAUUCACGGAAAGCCAAUAUGUGCAAUGAUAACAACACCCUCAUGCGCUAGAUGUUGUGGUUUUGAUGAGUGAAUAAGCCCCCUCGUCUCUGUUAACUGUAGAUGUACCUUUUUCCCCUCAUUUUUAGAGCCUCCCUUAUCCAUUUUUUGUAACUGUUGCUUUCCAUUACCACAAUGCCUGUGUUGUCCUAGUCCAUUAGAUGGUUGUUUCAUUUGUAAAGAUUGGUGAUGCUAAUCUAAGGGUGUGUUUUAUUUUAUUUUAUUUGCGAUGUCCCACAGCCAGAUUUUGUCCAUGCAGCCUUCUCAAGAACUCAGAUGUUUCAGAGCGUGUGGGCGGAGCAAAAGACACGUGGAGAAGUCAGUGGUGCCCUUCCUAAGUAAGUAAAAAAAGACGGCUGUGAGCAGUGUUGCUUGAGUGGAGACAAGAAGCACAGUGCUUCCUUCUCUCUCACUGAUUGUGCUGUGUGCUCCUCACAGUAGUCUGUCCUCACCAAGCCCCUUAAUUCUGCAGCAAAUAUGAAGUCAACAAGUAAGUGGCAAAAAUUGCAGUUCUACCCUCAUCCACUAGGGUCUGGCAGCAGAAGUGAACCAGUCCUCAUUCACUCCCAUUUUAAAAAUGCCCAUUUCACAGCAGAAAUAAACAUGUUUACAGUCUGGUUCAAAAGCCCAUUUUAGGUUCAAAAGAUCUAGUUGACGUUCAUGGCAAC